AGUUCAUUAGUCUUGCUUGUUUGUUUCCUGCGACAACAUGUCAUCAAGAAGCUUGUACGUCUACUUUGUGUUUCUAGGAAUAGCUUAUGGAGAAACAAUUGCUACCAAUAGCUCAGGAGCGUUCACCGAUGGCGUUAGAGGCAAUUGCACGUGCGGUGGAUUCCCUACCUCAACUCCUCGUGCAGAGGAGGCUCCCCUUCUAUCACAGUCGCCAGGACUAGUUGUGGUCUGCACUGAUGAAGGCGAGACCACUUGCAAGAGUCUCUGCCUCGCGUUAGCCACGGCUACAAAGGCCAAGGGACCCGAGAUCCUGUGUUAUAGACUUGGCGACGUUAAUGAGCUUAAGCUUUCAGCAUUUUACCAAGCAUGCGAUAAGCCCUGGACCUACGCAGACAUGACAGCCGACGAGCCCCUUUGUUGCGAGAAUUCGAAGAUCAAAGUUUGUGCAUCAGCUCAAGUUACCAAAAGCAUCAGCACCACUACAGCUGUUGCAUUCUAAAGGUGCCAGCCAACGUUGUCCACCUUUAA